GCCUCCACGAAGGAGCUGCCGGACUUUACGCAACCGACUCGCCUCACACCUCACCUCGCCUCGCCUCCUCACUUCUCACUUCCUCCUCAUCCUCAUCCCAACAUGUCCGCAUCCCAACGUCUCUUCCCCCUCUUCGCAGCCAGCGUAGUAGGCGUAGCAACAGGCUACUACAUCUUCGACCCUAUCCUUCGCCAAUACUCACGAGACACUUCAGGUACCUUCCAACCCGAACAGAUCAAUGGUGGAGCAGGAAGUUCACCCUCUAAACCGGAAGCGGUCCCUAGUUUGACGAGGGGGAUCUUGGCUCAGGAUGAGGGGCAGAAGAGGGCAGACGAGUUGAGGGCUAAGGCUACGAUGAACGCUGCGCAGAGGGCUAGUGAGGCGGCUAAGGAGAGGGCGGAGAAGACGGGCGAGGGGAAGGUGGUGUAGUGUAGGAGAGAGGUAGCAAUCGGAUAGGGUGGCUCGCGACGCUCAUGCUGCAAUUAC